GCCCACUCGACGUCGAGCUCGACACUAAAAGGGAAGGAAAAGCAGUUAACAAAAGCCGCAAGUCCCACCAGCCAAAAUGACUCUCGCCGUUGACCUCUUGAAUCCGUCGAUCGAAUCCGAGAAGAGGAGGCACAAGCUUAAGCGUCUCGUACAAUCGCCCAACUCGUACUUCAUGGAUGUCAAGUGCCCUGGUUGCUUUGCUAUCACCACUGUCUUCUCGCAUGCACAGACUGUCGUGCUCUGUGGUUCUUGCGGGACUGUAUUGUGUCAGCCGACGGGUGGUAAGGCGAGGCUUACUGAGGGAUCGUCAUUCCGCAGAAAGAACUGAGAGAUCGAUCUGCAGUAUUAUUACUACAUUCAUGCAUCCUACCUGUCAUACGUAUUAACGUAUCCGCAUAUCUCAUCGUUGCACUUUACGCCGUCUCCAUUUAGCGCGCCAUCCAAGACCGCCUGUGCCCUCGCGUGAUUUGUAAGACAUGUUAUGGCAGGGCAAGAUAUGCAUGGGACACCAAUUGAGUCUUGUCUACCUACUAUGUAUCGUCAUGUUCAUAUUGUGUAUGCUGCGAACCGAAAGAAAUUCUUGCUCUCGUCAUGCCACGAAUAAACAAAAAUAU